AUGACCGCGGAGCCAAUCACAGUGGACGUUUUCCCCGCGGUGUUUCUGGAGCGCGACUACGAGUUUAUGGGGGAGAUCGGCAGCGGGCAGUACGGAAAGGUCUGGAAGUGCCGCUCGCGCCUCACCGGCCGGCAGUUCGCCUGCAAGCAGGUCAAGAAGCGGCCGGCGCGGCCGGCACGGUCGGGACGGGGACAGCAAGGGCGGAAGGACUCUGCGCAGCGGAAAACGCGGGAGAGAAACGGCGGGAUAUCCGGCGCGGACGGCGCGGCGGGUUCAGGAGAUGACGUGGACCCGAUCGAGCGAGAAAUCGCGGCGCUGACACAUUUGGAGGGUUGCGACGGCGUGACGUCGCUACACGGCGUGUUCGAGGACGCGACGUCGGUUUUCCUCGUUAUGGACUUGUGCGAUAGUGGUGACCUGUUCUCGCUUAUUGCGGACACGGACGGAGUACCCGAGGACGAAUCGCGUCAGCUGUUUGCUGACGUGGCACGUGCGGUGAAAGCGUGCCAUGACAGGGGCGUGCUGCAUCGAGACAUUAAACCCGACAACGUCCUACUUUCUUUGCGCGAUACUACUACAGCUACGGGUAACCCCGAGAUUGCGGGGCUGGACUACAACUACCCCUCGCCUGUUAGUAACACUUCUUGGACCUCCGCCGCGCCUUUAUUUCACGGUUUCCGCGCCACGACGGCGCACGAGCCGUCGGCGAGUCGCCGGCGGUACGACGUGAAGCUAGCGGAUUUCGGCCUGUCGGUGAUUCUAACGGGGGGCGGGCGCGUGCGCGGGUACGCGGGGAGCUUCCCGUACGAAGCGCCGGAGGUGGUUGGGUUGAGAGAGUACAGUUUCGCAGCGGAUAUUUGGAGCAUGGGCGUGCUUUUGUACGCGUUAUUGUCUGCGAACUGGCCCGAGUUCAAGAACAGGCAGGCGCUUAACGAGGAGACGGAUUGGACUGGAGCGUCCUGGGAUCAAGUGUCGGAGGACGCGAAGGAUCUCAUCCGUCGGUUGCUGACGGUGGAUCAAGAUCGACGGCCCACGAUCGAUGAGGUGCUGAUGCACCCGUGGCUGGCGCCGGCGACCCUCGUUGACCGCGCCGAAAACGUUGACUCCGUUGACUGCGUUGACCGCGAGAAGGGGACAAAAUUGAAACAAAAUCCAUCGCUUCUGCCGCCGCUCCUCAUCCCUUCCCAAUCGCUCGAUUCUCGCGAAUCUACCUCCCUCGAGUCGGCUUCAUCCAUUCCAUCGGAAGCUUCGUUCCUCUCCGCGCUUGCCGCCACGCCUGCUUCUCUCCCCACGCCAACGGCUACUUUUGCUAGCCGCGGCGUGACGUAUCCGGCGAACGAGAGGGGCCGCCGCGACACGACGGCUACUGCUACUACUGCUAGCAGCGCGACGUAUCAUGCGGCGAGUGAGAGGCGCGACACGAUCGGCGCGGUAUCGGGGGCAUCGGCGGGGAUUCGCAGUAACUGCGCCAGCCGCGGAAGUAGUAGCGCUUCGGAGGCCCUCCCCGUCAGUGACAGUAACGGGGCCUGGGAUGUGCCUGGGGCGGCGUGUGACUGCGACGUUGACGAGACACGUGGACCAAUCGCGACUGAGGAGGAAAGAAGGUGCUUUUCGGAGCCAAGCGGCGGGAGUCCCGUAAGAGAAGAGGAGAAGGGUGCAAGCAGCGGAAGCAGCGGAAGCGCCAGCAGCGGUAGCGCCACCAGCGCCGGUUGCGCAAAGAGCGGAAGCGCAAGCGAACCACGGAGCAAGGAUAACUACGCAAGAGCAGGUUCUCCGUUGGCGCGACGCGGGUCGAUCAAAGAGUACGCGGCGCAGGUGGUGUCUAGUCUAAGAUGGCAACCCGGCUGCUUCUAUUCGACCGCCGAAGCCGUGGCUCCCGAGGCGGCCUGCGAGGACACGGCCGUUUCUUCCGCCGCAACUACCGCCGCGACUUCCGUCACUUCCGCCGCAGUGCCUCCUGCUACCGAUAUCGGAACUCCUAAACGUGGAACCGCGGAAACCCAAACCGAAGCUCCGAAGGGUAAAGAGACGACGGAUAUGGACAUUCUACGAGCGAUGGAGGCCCAUCUAUCCGCGUUCUUUAUGACGAAGCAGACUAAGAAGUGUGCUUGA